UCUCUCUGUUUGAUUUGGGGGACGUGCUUUCAUCAACCCCCACAGUCUUUAAAAACAACAGAGCUUUGCUGUUUGUUUUUGUGGGUCACAGGACAGAGGGAAGGAAGAGGUAGUAUCAGUCCAGCCAGGGAGGCACAAUGCGCUCUCUCUCGCCGCUGUGGCUGUGCACAGCCCUGCCAGGUCUGCUGUGGGCCUCACAUGUCAGUCUGAUUGUGGAGGGGGACAAUGAUGCCUCCAGGAUCUGCAAACCUGCCCCCUACUGGGAGAUAAAAGGAAAGGCGCCCAUGCAAGAGCUGCUGGGAAGUGUGGUUGUGGUGGCGCUGCUGAAGGCAAGCUGACAGUUCUGUCUCACUCAGGCCUCCAAGAUUGGAGGCCUGCGUGACAAGCUUAAACGCAACAACAUGACUGAGGUGUCGUUUAUGAUAGUAAAUGAGCGGGAGGCUCAGUCCAGGGCCAUGUACUGGGAGCUGAAGAGAAGAGCGUCCCCUGGUGUUCCUGUGUACCAGCAGGCUCCACUUCAGAACGAUGUGUGGGAGGCUCUGGAUGGAGACAAAGACGACUUCCUGGUUUACGAUCGGUGUGGACUGCUCACCUUCCAUAUCGUGCUGCCUUACAGUUUCUUGCAUUACCCCUACAUAGAGGCUGCCAUCAGGGCCACUUAUCAAACAAACAUUUGCAACUGCUCUGCUAAUAAUGCAUCAUCAAGUGGCCGCAACAGCACCAUAAAAAACAUGACAACACAGUUAAAUAUCAACUCUUCAAGCACAACACCCACACCUCAAUUGGAAACUGAUGAUCGAGAUGUGGACACCACUCCUAUGAUGUCUCCUAAACACCAUCAUUAUCAUCAUGACCAUCAUCACCACCAGCCCCUCCAUCAUAGUCCCCAGAAUCAGCCUCACCAUGAGCACCAUACAAGUCACAAUAAAACUCAUCAUCACCAUCAUCAACCCCAUCAUCAUCACCAUCAUCAUCAGCAUCACCACCCGCCUGGCAACCACAGUUAUCAAGAUGAGAUGGACAGAUAAUUACGAUGCCAGUUAUUCCCCCCCUUUCACAUGGGAGCCAUUUUUGUCCGACAUCAAACUAAUGGUGGGAAGCUAAAAUGCUGUUAUAAUGUAACAAGCAACUACCUUAUCCAUGUUGUUAGUCACAAAUGUAGCAAAACUGAUAUAAAUCAAAAUCUUGAGAGCUUUCUGAUUGAUCAGCAACUGCAAAGGACAGUGGUUAGUGAAAAAACAGAGGGACAUGGGCUCAUGUUGUAGAUCAUUUAAAUUAAAUAGAAGGUACUUGUGCACAAAUGAAGCGAAAACUGCUUAAUUUAAUGGUUUAGAGUUAAACCAUUUGUUGAAUAAGGCCCACGUCAACUCUGUAAGGCUCAACAAUAAGCUGUGGCCUCACAGAUUCGACCCCCUCCAUGCUAGUUCUUACCGCUAUCAAACCCACUCACAGAACUUUUUUUGUGUUAUCACACUCUUAUUGUGCAUUUCAUUUGAUCUCGAAAGUCGAACAUUUUUAAGUAGCCAGUCUGAUAUGUCAUCAGGAACGCCCCCUGAAGUCAGUAACCCGACUCAGAAACCUCGAACUUCAGUAGCCCGAGUUAAAUCCAACAUGGCUUUUCCACCUUGUUACCACUCGUAACUGGAACGUGGUUAAAUGGGGUGUGACGUCAUUCGCAGCUCCGACAUUCGGCUUUCGAGGGAAAUGGAAAGCACCAUAAUAACAAUGACUUUAUUUAUAAAUCAACUUAAAAACUAUUUUAAAAAUCCAAACAAAAUGCAAGAAAAGAAAAAGAGAAAAGAGGAAAAACUGAGUAAGGAGUCUGUAGAUGGAUGUGAGAGAGAGGACAUCCCAUAGCCUGGCACACUCACAAAGGGUAGACUAUGGGAAGAGAAGACAAAGCAAAACAAACCCAUUUGUUUACAUCAAAGAACUGCUAAUGUUAGCAUAAACUUCCUAUCUUAUUUCUAGUGUUAGCUAGGAAUUGGCUGAAUACAAGGAUCACAGUUUGAUAGUGCUAAAAAGAUCGAUAGGUAAGGAUUCAAUUCCUAGCUUACGUUAAAUACAACAGCACCAGCUUACUUCACUUAAGCAAGAAACUGGUCGAAUGCUAACAUUAGCUGUUGUCUGAUAAUAACUGAUGGGUGAUCAAAUAUGUCGUUUUACAUUUUAAAAUGGCCUAAUGUCCCUCCAGAUUUUCAGUGCUUGUUGUUUCUUCAGUUGUUCAGGAAACAGUAACAUUUUUAUGAACUUGUUAGAUUUCCUUCAUUUAGUCAACCCUGGACACAGUUAGCCUUUAUGCCACCGUGAGUGUAAGCUUUGGAAGCAGCGUGUAUACGCGUAAUACGUAGUGUUUGUGUUUUACUCGUUUUUGUUCUUUGGUAGGAAGGUUUGUUUUACUUAGGCCAAUGUAUUUUACCACUGGUGAAAUAUUUGUACCUUAAAGGCAAUUCAUUGAGCAGUUGAUACCCUGUUUAAGCAGUUGUCAGAUUGUGGUUUUCUGUCAGCAUGUCGACACCAUACUCCUCUGUGUCGAUAAUAUCACCUGUCCUACCCUGUCCUUGCCCACUAAUGAAGUCUACGGCAUUAAACCUGCCAGCAGGAGGCUGCAGACGGAUGUGUGUGGAGAGACUGAAUGGACUGAUAGUUAUUGUCACACAGAGUCAGAGGGUGUUGAUCACAGCUGAUUAGAAAACCCCAGUCAGAAAACUGUCACAACACUUUCUUGACUGCUCAAUUUCUGCUUCUCUCAGUUCUGCCUAUGAUUUUAGAAGUGAUAAACCGUGCCGCUAUCUGUACAUAUAACAAGGGCUUUGAGCGUUAACAUGCUUCCAUUAUUCAUUUGAAUAUGUGCAGGUGUUUUAAGAGUGAUGUACUCAAUAAAAUUAAUAUAGAAAUCCAAAUUAAUCAAUUUAGAAAAUAAAUUUA